CAGUCUGGACAAAGUGAAGGUGUUGUCUCUGAUGCUCCACGCUGCAGACAUCAGUCACCCCGCUAAAGCCUGGCCGCUGCACUACCGCUGGACCCACAGCCUGAUGGAGGAGUUCUUCAGACAGGGAGAUAAAGAGGUGGAGCUCGGCCUUCCCUUUUCUCCUCUCUGUGACCGCAAAGCCACCAUGAUCGCCCAAUCACAGAUCGGUUUCAUCGACUUCAUCGUGGAGCCGACUUUCAGCGUUCUGAUCGACACGACGGAAAAAGUGAUCGGUCCUCUGAUCGAAGAGGACAGGAAGGCAAGAGAGACGGGGACACGGAGGUCGAG